AGCUUCCGUGGCUGAAGGAGCUGUGACCUUUCCAGCACAGUGCAGUUGGAGUGCAGCAGGGUGUGUGUGUAAGAGGUAGCACAGACUGGAUGGAAGACUGAUGAAGAAAAGUAGCAGCAUGACUGAGCCAUUUGACGUGUGAUGCACCAGGACCCGGAGCCAACAGUAGCGAAUUUACUUUCCAACUAUUAUUUCAACAUCAAGGUGAUGGAAAUGUGCCGGAACACUGGGAGAAGCUAGUAUUUUAUACGAAACCAAGAUGACAAGAAUCUUUUUACAAUAAUCCAAGGAAGAAUCCUGUUCAGAAAUGAGGCGAGUUAAUGUUUGGACACCGCUCCAUGACGAGUUUUAAACUGCCCUGACCACCUUGCCAACUGAGUCUCUGCUCAUGAGACCCAACAAGAUGACCCGGCCCAGGAGGGAUAGUGUCCUGCCUUAUAUGAACAGUGACUGCUGACGUCUGAGCGCAAAUUGGGGGUGCUGCGUCUUGUCUGCCAGUACCAUGAAGGAAGUGGUUUAUUGGUCACCCAAGAAGGUGGCAGACUGGCUGCUGGAGAAUGCUAUGCCAGAAUACUGUGAACCUCUCGAGCAUUUCACAGGCCAGGACUUGAUCAACCUAACCCAAGAGGAUUUCAAAAAGCCCCCACUGUGCCGAGUCUCAUCUGACAACGGGCAGCGACUCUUAGACAUGAUCGAGACCCUGAAAAUGGAGCACCAUAUCGAAGCACACAAGAAUGGCCACGCCAACGGGCACCUCAGCGUUGGCGUCGACAUUCCCGACCCCGAUGGCAGCUUCAGCAUCAAGAUUAAACCCAAUGGAAUGCCAAAUGGGUAUAGGAAAGAGAUGAUAAAGAUCCCCAUGCCAGAACCAGAGCGCUCCCAGUACCCCAUGGAGUGGGGCAAGACUUUUCUGGCCUUUGUUUAUGCACUUUCCUGUUUCGUCCUCACUACAGUGAUGAUCUCGGUCGUCCAUGAACGAGUACCUCCUAAGGAGGUGCAGCCUCCACUACCGGACACGUUUUUUGACCAUUUUAACCGGGUGCAGUGGGCCUUUUCUAUUUGCGAAAUUAACGGCAUGAUCCUUGUAGGACUCUGGUUAAUUCAGUGGCUGCUCUUAAAAUACAAGUCUAUUGUUAGCAGAAGAUUUUUCUGCAUAGUGGGCACGCUGUACCUGUAUCGGUGUAUUACAAUGUAUGUAACUACACUCCCAGUACCCGGCAUGCAUUUCAACUGUUCUCCGAAGCUCUUUGGAGACUGGGAAGCUCAAGUGCGGAGGAUAAUGAAGCUCAUCGCAGGAGGCGGCUUGUCCAUCACCGGCUCUCACAACAUGUGCGGGGACUAUCUGUACAGUGGCCACACGGUCAUGCUAACGCUCACCUACUUAUUUAUCAAAGAGUAUUCCCCUCGGCGACUCUGGUGGUACCACUGGGUUUGCUGGCUCCUCAGCGUCGUUGGAAUCUUCUGUAUUCUCUUAGCACACGACCACUACACUGUGGACGUGGUGGUGGCCUACUACAUCACCACAAGACUCUUCUGGUGGUAUCACACAAUGGCCAAUCAGCAAGUGCUAAAGGAAGCAUCCCCGAUGAACCUCCUGGCCAGGGUGUGGUGGUACAGGCCAUUUCAGUACUUUGAAAAGAAUGUCCAAGGAAUUGUACCUCGAUCUUACCAUUGGCCCUUCCCCUGGCCAGUAGUCCACCUUGGUAGGCAAGUCAAAUAUAGCCGGUUGGUAAACGACACAUAACAGCGCUACGAAGAGGGGAAUAUGAGGACCUGUCCGAAGUGCUAAGAACUCCAUGAGAGAAGAUGCCAUAAACAAACACCUCCCUCCUGCUAUUAUCUUUCAACAGUUACCUUGACUUAACCUAUUGAGUUACCUGGUCAGCACUGUGAUCUUUUUUUUUCUCUCCAAAGGACCUACAGUGGACAACAAUAAAGAAAAUUGACCCUUCUCAUUCACUAUACGCAUUUCCUGUUGUUAAGCCUGGGGCUUCUCUAACCGGCAGCCACCACUUCCUCUGUGCAAUUCAGCAGCGCCACCGUGCGCGCGCUUCCAUGUCAUAAGCUCUGGCCUUUCCAGCCAUAUCUGGAAAUAAAGUGUGUUAUUUUCUUGGGAAAACAUACUUUUCAUAUCUCUUGCCCCAAAGACAGGGCUGUAAGCCAUUUUCUAGCAAAUGUCUCUAUGAAGGGUUCAACGUGUCUGAAUGGGAUUUGGUUCCGAAAUCUCUCUGCCUGCUGUGCUGAUGCUCAGCUGAAGAUGGUAGGUCUGGAGAGGUCUGCUCACUUGGGGUUUUAUAAAAAUCAGCAGAGACAGUGUAUUAAAAACUGUAAAAAAAGGAAAAAAAGAUUCUGUUAUAAAGUGAUUUUUCUAAGUAUUUCCUAACUUUAUUUUUCAAAAAUGAUGUUAUGAAAACCAAAUUUGAAGAUUUUUACAUGUCACAGAAAAGAGAGUGAAAAUUUAAAAAUGCUUCUUGGGAGAGAAAUUUGUCUAUGUUUCUAGUGCCUUUCUUGUCUUGAGUGUAUGGUCGGUAGGCAAUCUUAAAUGUUUUUAUUUAAAAUAAAGUAUUCCAUGAAAAUAUAAAUGUAUGUAUACACUACUAAAUUUUGCAUUUAUAGCUAAAUUAAAUGAAAAGACUGCUAAUGGUUUUAAAAAUGUUUUGAAUUAAAGAAUAGGGUUGUGAAUUAAAGAGUAUGUGCCCAUUCACAUUUUGUGAGCAGGCAGUGAUGGCACAUACCACUGAAAUUAGUUCAUCUAUUUGGUAGUUCAGUUUUAACUACUCAAUAAAAACAGCCAUGAAUAUCUUUUUAAAGAGAGUUUUGAAAAUGAUCACUUAGCCUAAAACUUGAAAGCUAUAAAUUAGUUGUCCAUACUCUUAUGACAAUUUUGUUGGUGAAUAACAACAAAAAAGAGAUCUAUUUCUUUAAAAUAGAUUUGUGCAGAACCUGCAUGUUUUACUCCUGACAUGUGUGUGUUUGGGGAAGUAUUCUGCUCCAUACUUGCCAACGUGGAGAACAAAAUAGUUUUCUAAGAACGAAGAAGUAUAUAUAUAUAUACAUAUAUAUAUGUGUGUAUAUAUAUAUACACAUAUAUAAAAUAUCCAUUCUGUAUUUUAUGUGCAGCAGAAUUACCUUCUGUAGGUUGUAUGUGUGUGUGUGUAUGUGUGCACAAGCGUGUGUGUGUGUGCGCGUGCGCGAGUGUGUGUUACUCACAAGGUGAUAUUUGUAUUGUAAAAAAAUAAUGGUGAAGGAAAUAAAAAGGCUUUUAAAUUUUUGUUUGUUUUGAAUCUUUGUAAAGUUAUUAUUCCAGAGCGUAUACUGAGAUCUUACAGCUUACCUAAAUCAUAAAUUAAUCAAGAUGCACUUUGUAAUAAAAACUGAU